AUGGGGUCGCUCCUAUUGCAGGAUAAUCGAACCAGUCAGGCCGCAUACCAGGACUACCAGUUGCAACUCAUGCUCCUCGAGCAACAUAGUAAGCGUCGCCUGUUGAUGGCUAAGCAAGAGCAAGAUCGAAUCGAGGAAAACAACAGUCCACUCCAGGCCUACCAAAACCGACUCAUAUCGCUUGAGCAGGAGAACAAGGAGCGCAGAACGAAAGGCAAGGGGAACUUCCAAGAGAGCAGCCAGGGUCUUCACAUUCCGGACCAGCAGAUGCAGCACCUGCUUCUUGAGCAGGAGAACAAGAGGCGCAUACUACAAGCCCAUAAGAAGCAAGAGGAACAGAAGAAAGCCGAUGGACUUGAGAACUAUGUGGAAGCACUCAAAAUUGAAGAGCAACAAAUCACAAAGCGCCGUUCGUUCACUGGAGAAGAACAGAAAGGGCCUAUACAACCCGCAAACGUAGCUCUACACACCCAUGUGACCGAUUUCCGAGCAUUUAAGAAUCAGAAAAAGGUGUGUCUCCUAAAGUCUGAGGAGCAUUAUGCCUUCUGGCAGAAUACCCAGCCGUUCGCUGAGCCUCCCGGCGUGCCAAUCAAGCUGGAAAGCCAGCAACCCCAGGAAUUGCACACGCAAGGGCACCCCGCGAUGGCUAGAGAAGAGCAGAAUAAUCCUGCACGUAUGGCUCUUGGGCAAAACGAGAUGCAGCUCCGCCGCAUGGUAGAAGCGGACAAGCAGCGUGUCCUUCGAGCCAAGCAAGAACAAGCCAACAAUCAUACCUCUACUGAGCCUGCCUGGAAACGAGGCAACCUGCAGAGCAAUUCGGUAACAGCCAAUGGAGAACCAAGAAUGGAGUGGGAAGAAAUAUUCCCCGGAGACAUCGACUCGCCACCAGGCACACCGCGCAUGACGCCUCCGGAAUCACCCUUGCCCACCUUGGCCGAGUGUUUUCCCGAUUACAAUUGGGCUCGAAUGGUUGGGUUGUAG